UCAAGGUUCUCUUCUUAUGGAUACAUUAAAAGAAGAAUCAAAGAAAAUGGGGAAGGUUCAUCAAAUGACAUUUGGGAGGAGAAAAUGGACCAAUGGAGACAAAUUAAAAGCAUCUCUCAUUUUAUCUUUUCACGUUCUAUGUAUUUUUGCACCUUUUCAUUUUAAUUGGAGUGCAUUUUGGGUUGCGUUUGUAUUAUAUAUUCUCACAGGUCUCUUUGGAAUAAGUAUUUCUUAUCAUAGAAAUCUUUCCCAUAAAAGUUUCAAACUUCCAAAAUGGCUUGAAUAUGUAUUUGCAUAUUGUGGAGUUCAUGCAAUUCAGGGUGAUCCAAUCGACUGGGUGAGCACACAUAGAUAUCAUCAUCAACAUACAGAUACCGAAAGAGAUCCACAUAGUCCUGUACAAGGAUUUUGGUUUAGUUACGUCAUUUGGAUCUUUGAUACCAUUACUUUAACCAAAAAAGUCUGUCCAGAGUAUUUUAUUGAUUAUAAAGAUAAAAAAAGAGGUGCCUUUUCCUUGGUUACUAAAUAUGGAAGUCCAAAUAAUGUUGCUGAUAUGGAGGAUGAUCCAUUUUAUAGAUUUAUUCAUGAUACAUACUUACUUCAUCCAAUUGCUCUUGGAGUCCUUCUCUACAUUGUUGGAGGAACACCUUUUUUUAUAUGGGGAAUGUGUGUGAGGGCAACAGUGUACAUGAAUGUAGUGUUUAUGAUUAAUUCAAUUUGUCAUUUAUGGGGAAAGAAACAAUGGAACACUAAAGAUUCCACUAGAAAUAAUUGGUGGAUUAGUUUGCCUUCAUUUGGAGAAAGUUGGCACAAUAAUCAUCAUGCGUUUGAAUAUUCAGCAAGAGCGGGGAUUGAAUGGUGGGAAGUUGACAUUGGUUGGUAUGUUAUAUUGUUUCUUCAAGCCAUUGGGUUGGCCACUGAUGUCAAACAACCCUCUCAAGCUCACAUGCAAAGGCUAUCUAUGGACAAACCAAAUGAAGACUGUCAAGAAUGAUGUUUCACACUCCAUAUGUGUCUUAAAUAUAAUUGUAUGGUAUUAAAAGCACUUAGAAAAAGGUCAUUUUCACUAAUAAUUGUUUGCUUUAAUUUCCCUUGUAAAGCGUGUAUCAAAUAGUAAUGUUAUUAUUAUGUUAUUAAUUUUAUGCCUUAUUAUGUAUGUCCAUAUUACAACA